AACUAAGGCUGUCACUCCUCUGCUUUUCAGGCCAAAUCUUUAUACAGUUUUAGCACUCACGCCUUCCCCAGUGUCUCUACGUGCUCUCACAGGAUCAAGCCUCAGAAAUCACAAAAAGAACACUGGAGAAAAGCAAGGUGUGUGAAGCAUUCCCAGACGCUUCAACCAACUCAGCAUCAACUACUUCUCUGUGACUGGGUCCUGCCAAGAAAGACUUCAUUGGAUCCACGCUCAAGAGGACUCUACUAGGUUUUCCUGACCCCCUACAUUGCUGUAAAGUGCCAAGGCCUUAAGACUUGGGUACGUGUAUUACAACGGCAAGUGCCAGCGCCCACAAAAGACCCAUUGGACCUGUCAGCUCCUUUUGUUUCACCAAGCAGACAUAAUAACUUACCAGCAAAGCAGAGUAAGCCAAGUGCCUCUGCAUGACACCACCAGCUGAUAACACACAAGAAAAAAUAACCAAUUUAGACUAGAGCCCUAUCUUUUCUUGAGAAGCUGGGAUUUGAAGGAGCUAUUCUGAGAUCUGUGCUGCUAGUGAGUGACUGAUAACAUUAUAGACUGGAUCGGUCCCUUGAGUUCAGAGACUGAGUUGCAAUUGAGUGAAAAAUAGACAACGAAAUCUUGAAGAAUUGCACGGAGGUGCAAGCCAAAUUUAACUCCGGUCGCCAAGUAUUGUUGGUUGGACUGAGAAAUUGCUAAACCAGACCUGUAAUAGGACUGGUUGUUUGGGUAUCUCUCUUUGUCAUUGUUGCCUUUUACUGUUACAUUGCUUUCUGUGUUAUCUCUCUAAGCCCAGAUGUUCUCAGAUAAUUCACAUUGCCCGGACUGUGGACAACAGUGGUUCCCUAGUUUAGAACUAGGCCAUUGGUUGUACCAAACUGAACUUGUUGAAAAUGAGUGUUACCAAGUAUUCUUAGACCGUAUUAACAGAGCGGAUUAUUGCCCAGAGUGUUACCCUGAUAAUCCUGCUAAUAGAAGCCUUGUUCUUCCUUGGUCUUUCCCACUUGAGUGGGCGCCCCAAAAUCUUACUAGAUGGACCUUUGAAAAAGCUUGCCACCCGUUUCUUCUGGGUCCUCCACUGGUUAGAAAAAGGAUACAUGACUCUAGAGUAGCUGGCUUUAACCCUGCAUUGCAGUUAAUCUUGACCAGAACAGACAAAACCUUGAACAAAAAACUUGGCCAAAACAAAUAACUUCUUAAGCAGUCAAAAUCAUGGAGACUCUAGAGUUUGUACUAGUAGCUCAAGGAAGACUGGGAAAAUGACUCUUUUUCUAAAUCUGAUCUGGACUGUCACUACUUUGGGGAAUUGCUUAAAUUGUUGGAUCUGCUCCCAUCGUCUACACAUAUUUUGUUCAGCAUGAAUUUAAUCAGUAUUCCAGUCAGACUGUUCAUCUAGAACCAGUCUAAUCUACGUUCCCUAUGUUUGGGAAUUAGCUUACCCAUCCUAAAAAGCUCCACAGCCUUAUUACGGAUGUAUGACAGGAUAGUCCUGGAGGAGAGGCCCUGUACUGUGUGUACCAUAAUGAUACUUUUAGUGAUAACUUUUGUGGGAAAGCAUCUUUGUAGCUGGAUUAUAAAUUAUUCCAGUAAACAACUAGAUAUUUUAAUAAGAAACUGCAUUGUUCUCCAUUCCACCUCUUAUACAUUAACCAGUGGUAAUAUCUACAUAGGAUACACACAAACAUGCAGAAAUGCCACUGUCUUUACUUACUGACUCUACAUAGCAAAGGCUAUCCUGUUUUUGUGGUGACUGAAGUUUGAAUGUCCUCCUCUGGAAAUGGAAAAGUAUGAGAUAGGUGACAAAAGGAGUUAUCAAGCUUGACUCCAUAGACACUAUGAGGAAGCAUCUUUCUGAGAACUAAGAAUGUCUUGCUGGACAUUGACCACAUUCUGGCCUUCACCUGUUGAUGAGAAUCAUGGAACUAGAGUAUAGGAGAAACUUAGAAAAAUCUGAAAACAUCUCAGAGGCCAUUGAACAAUUUUUAAAUUCCACUUAAGAUACUAGAUAAUCCAGUGCUUGUGUAGCAGCUGAACAAUGUUCCUAAGAUCCCAGGCUCUUUCUAUUCUUCCCCACUGGGAUCCUUACCGUGGUGGCUUUUUGUCCUCAUAGUUGUUUCUUCAGUGAGUAUAGUGUGGCUGUUACUGUUCCAGACAUUUCAUUCGCAAUCAAAGGCUGGAAAUACGAAGCAAAAGCUUUUUCCUUUCAAGUCUGUGUCUUUUAUUUGGGGAAAAAGGUCUUUCUCAAAAGGCCCUCACAGAUUUCUCCUUAUAUCUCAUUAGAAUGUACUGGUUCACAAGCCUGGGAAGCCCAGCAGAGGGGAAGGGGGUUAGCAGUGCCUGGGUAGGGCCCAUUGUCUCCCCUAAUAAAAUCAUGGCUCUUUUAGGAAGGGAGAAGGAAGGAAUGAAUAGCUGUUGGUAUGCAACAAAUCAUGCCUGCCACAAGUUGUGAAACCUAAAGUUAUUUGUUCGUCUGUAUAAAGGAUGUACCCCAGAGACCUACCCUGUGUCUGCCUUAUGUCUGUCACAAUGGAAGUUCUCUCCUGUUACAUUGCUGAAUAAACUGUGUGGACUGCUAAAUUGAAUGAAGACUAGUUAGUUUAUCAUUGACCCUUGGUUAAGAACUCC